AGAGAGAGAGAGAGAGAGAGAGAGAGAGAGAGAGAGAGAAAGAGAGAGAGAGAGAGAGAGAGAGGGAAUGAAGCAGGGCGUUCUCGUUCUCUAUCAAAGCGUUCUCGUUACGGUUCUCCCUCACGCGCCUGCCGCAUCCAGCACAGCUCGACCAGGAACGGCGUCAGGAACCAUCGAGUAAAGCGUCGCGUUCAGGUGAACGGUUCGAGGCCUGCGUCGUUUGUCCCGAGGCGGCGGAGUCUCUAUUGUAUGCAGCAGCAGCAGAAUCCGUGACAGCCGCAUCUUCCAUUGAUCUGUUGAUAUCUGCCGGGAUCUUCUGCAUCUGCCCUUUACCUCCAUCACCACAUCUGGCCGCGGUCGCAGGCUCGCCCCCGACACGUUAAACCGAGCAUCCGGCGCUCACGAGGACGUUUGCGCGCAAGCUGAACGUAGACGUGAACGCAGCCCCGUUUUAUUCGUGUCUGUGAUCGUCGUGUGUUUGUGAUUUAUUCAUCGCUCGGCGCAGGCCGUGGGUUCGGUCACGGACCUCCACGAUGGCUUUCUGCGCUAAACGUGGCGGAUGUUGUCGAUCGUAGGUGGCAUUUAUCACGGAUUUAACGCGGCUUCACGGUCGGCGGGGACGGGGAGCGGCUCCAGGCGGGAUUCUGCGUCCGCGGCAAACCACGACAAAAACUCGAUUUUUUUUCAUUUAUUAAUAGCGAUUGUCAUUCGGCUUCAAGGAAAACGGAUCACCCUUUGUAUGGUCGUGCACGGGGAGCGGCGCCAGACCGGACUCACGAUACAUAUAUAUAUAUGUUUUUACCUCUCACUUAAUAUUCUAGCUAUUUCAGUGCUUAGCCUUCGAUGAAAAUCAGCGGUCCGCCAGAAGAGGAUCACCCUCGGCUCAUCGUCUCAUUGCCAUACCCUUGACGAUCAACAGUUCAUCGCGUAAAUGCCUCGAAACCCGCGCGAUUAUUAAUCGGAGCGACGCGACGUCAAGCCGAAGAUGCGCGCGUGUGCUCACAAUGACUAAUAAACCCAAACGAGCCUCAUCUCCACUCACGGACGCUCUGAAGGCUGCGUGCUAAUUCGUCUUAUCGACUGUGCUCGUGUUGGAUUAUAUCGUUUAUUAUUCCUCCUGCGUGUUUGUGACCGAAGACGCUCCGCGGGGUGGACUGCUCCGCUCCCGAAUAACAUGCUUUCGGCCCUUUUCUCGUCUGGAAAGAUGGCAGCUGAUUAAAUUUUAAUCUUGAUGCAUUCUGGCGACACGGGAGGAGAAGAGGAGAAACGAGUGAAUCGGGGAGGAGAGGAGAGAGGAGAGGGAGAGGAGAGGAUGUAGGGUGGAUACGGGAGCACCAGAAGGUUCAGCUGACGUUACCGGAGACUGUCCCGCCCCUUUCACCUUGUCCGUUCCUCUGUCCUUACCAUGGCGCUGUCACUCUGGUUACUGUGGAUGAGUCCUGUGUUGCUUAGCAACAUCGCUCCCUCCGAACAAGGUCUGAGUCGAGCGGCGAUGCCCUUCGGCCUGAUGCGGAGAGAGCUGGCGUGUGAGGGAUACCCCAUCGAGCUGCGCUGCCCAGGAAGUGAUGUCAUCAUGAUCGAGACGGCCAACUACGGCCGCACCGACGACAAGAUCUGCGACGCCGACCCCUUCCAGAUGGAGAACGUGCAGUGCUACCAGCCGGACGCGUUCAAGAUCAUGUCACACAGGUGUAAUAACAGGACCCAGUGUGUGGUCGUUGCCGGGGCGGACGUGUUUCCUGACCCCUGUCCUGGCACCUACAAAUACCUGGAGAUCCAGUAUGAGUGUGUCCCUUACAAAGUGGACCAAAAAGUUUUUGUUUGUCCUGGAACAUUAAUGCGAGUGCUGGAGCCCAGUUCUGUGAGGGAGGCGGAGCAUCAGUCAGGGGCGUGGUGUAAAGACCCUCUGCAAGCGGGCGAUAGGCUAUACGUGAUGCCCUGGACGCCCUAUCGCACAGAUGCGCUGCAUGAAUACGCUUCGUGGGAUGACUACAUCCAAAACAGAGUCACCACCACUUAUAAAUUGCCGAGUCGUGUGGACGGCACCGGUUUCGUCGUGUACGAUGGAGCUGUGUUCUACAAUAAGGAACGCACACGCAACAUUGUGAAAUACGACCUGCGAACUCGCAUCAAGAGCGGCGAAGCUAUUAUCGCUACCGCCAAUUAUCACGACACGUCGCCAUACCGCUGGGGCGGGAAAUCCGACAUCGACCUAGCCGUGGACGAACACGGCCUCUGGGUCAUAUACGCCACUGAAGCCAACAGCGGACGCCUGGUCGUUAGUCAGGUGAACCCGUACACGCUGCGGUUCGAGGGCACGUGGCAGACCAGCUUCGAGAAGCGCAUGGCGUCGGAUGCGUUCGUGGCGUGUGGCAUCCUGUACGCCGUUCGCUCCGUGUACCAGGACGACGACAGCGAGGUGGGCGGGGACCUGAUCCUGUACGCCUACGACACGCGGCGUAACCGCGAGGAGCCGGUGAGGAUCCCCUUCCCCAACCCGUACCAGCACAUCUCCUCUAUCAGCUACAACCCCCGAGACAACCAGCUGUACGUCUGGAACAACUACAUCGUCCUGCGGUACCCGCUGGAGUUCAGCCCGCCGCAGCCCACCACAGACCCUCUUUCGACGCCUCUUCUCUCCACGACUCCACCGAGUGCGCUCUCCACCACCGUGUCCAUGGGCUUCAGCCCCAGCUCCGUCCCGUCUGUGACGUUCCACCCGGUGGGGGCUAUAAACCGGGCUCCGGCCGGGCGGCCCAUCACAGCCACGGUCCCGGUGACCGUCAGGCCCCCCCGCCGGCCACAGGGGCCCCGCACACCCAUGUGUGAGGGCCGGGUGACUCGCGGGGUCCAGUGGCCUCCGACUCAUCGAGGAGAGACGGUGGAGAGGCCCUGUCCCAAAGGAUCGCUCGGUAUCGCCUCUUAUCAGUGUAUGGCUGAUGACGUGGUGUGGAACUCCAGAGGCCCUGACCUCAGCAACUGCACCUCGCCCUGGGUCAACCAGGUCGCUCAGAAGAUCAAGAGCGGGGAAAACGCAGCACAUAUCGCCGCUGUACUUGUCAAUCACACACGAGGGCGGGUCUACGCCGGUGAUGUCACUUCCUCCGUGCGCCUGAUGGAGCAGCUGCUGGACAUUUUGGACUCACAGCUACAGGCGCUGCGUCCCGGAAACAAGGAGUCGGCCACACGCAACUACAACAAGCUUCAGAAGAGAGAGCGGACCUGUCGAGCGUUUAUUCAGGCGGUGGUGCAGACGGUGGAUAACCUGCUGCGUCUGGAGGCUCUGGAGUCGUGGCAGGACAUGAACGUGACCGAACAGUCUCACACCGCCACGAUGCUGCUGGACGUGAUGGAGAAAGGAGCGUUUCUUCUGGCUAAUAACCUGUACGGGGGUCACUUCAGCGACCGCGCGCCCAACGUCGAUCUUGAGGUGUACGUGCUCAACACCGAGAUGGAGCUGAAGGACCUGUCCUUCCCGAACUCGUACGACAGCGACAGCACCAUCCACGUGUCGGCCUCCACCAUCAAACAGUACAGCCGCAACGGUCAGGUGAAGGUGGUUUUCACACUCUAUAAGAACCUGGGCUCGUUCCUCUCCACACAAAACGCCACGCUGAAGACGGACGGCGAGCUGAAGUCAGGAGGACACGGUCUGGCCGUCAACUCCCACAUCAUCUCUGCCUCCAUGAACAAAGAGUCCAGCCGCGUGUUUCUGACCAAACCCGUCGAGUUCACGCUGAGACACCUGCAGCUGGAGAAUCACUACAAUCCCAACUGUUCGUUCUGGAAUUACUCGGAGCGCUCGAUGACGGGUCAGUGGUCCUCGCACGGCUGCAGACGUCUGCACAGCAACAACACACACACCACCUGCGCCUGCUCGCAUCUGACCAACUUCGCCGUGCUCAUGAACCACCAGCAGCCUGCCUACCCUGGCGGUGUGCAGGGUCUGAUCCUGUUCGUCAUCACGUGGGUGGGGAUGGUGAUCUCUCUGGUGUGUCUGGCUCUGUGCAUCUCCACCUUCUGCUGCCUGCGAGGCCUUCAGAGCGACCGCACCACCAUCCACAAGAACCUGUGCCUCACGCUCUUCAUCUCGCAGCUCCUCUUCCUCAUCGGCAUGGACAAGACACACUAUACUGUGGUGUGUCCGGUUCUGGCCGGUCUGCUGCACUUCUUCCUGCUGUCCGUGUUCUGCUGGCUCUGCAUGGAGACGGUGCAGCUCUAUGUGCUGAUGGUGGAGGUGUUUGAGAGCGAGACGUCUCGCCGGAAGUACUACUACCUCUCUGCGUACGGCUUCCCAACGCUGGUGGUGGCCAUCUCCACAGCCAUCGACUACAGGAGCUACGGAGGACCCAAAGCUUGCUGGUUGAGGGUUGAUAACUACUUCAUCUGGACGUUUAUUGGCCCCGCCUCCCUCGUUAUUCUGCUGAACCUGGCAGUGCUGGUCAUCACCAUCCACCGAAUGCUGCGCCACUCCACCGUCCUGAAGCCAGACUCCAGCCGAUUCGACAACAUCAAGUGCUGGACGCUCGGCUCGGUCACGCUGCUGUUACUGGUGUCUCUGACGUGGAUCUUUGGCCUCCUGUUCAUGAACGACAACAGCGUGGUGAUGGCGUACCUGUUCACCUCCUUCAACGCCCUGCACGGCAUGUUCAUCUUCCUCCUGCACUGCGCGCUGCAGAAGAAGGUGCAGAAAGAAUACAGCAAAUGCUUGCGUCAGUCGCCCUGCUGUGGCCACGCCUCCUCCACCGGUUCCCACGGUUCCCUCAAGAGCUCCGCCCACCGAGGCAACAAUCGCUACUAUGGGGGCAGCCAAUCACGACACGCGCCAGCACAAAGACAGAGCCGUAUCAGGAGGAUGUGGAACGACACUGUUCGACGGCAGACUGAAUCUUCCUUCAUGGCAGCUGAGAUCAACAACACACCCACACUCACCCGAGGCACUAUGGGUAAUCACCUCCUAGCCAAUCCAAUGCUACAGACCCGCUCUGGCUCCUCCCCUUACAACACCCUAUUGGCUGAAACAUUCAACCCCCCCUCACCAGCAGUUUUCAACGCCACUGGCACGUUCAGAAACUCGAAGGGAACACUGUCGCGCAGCCGUGAGUCGUGUGGGCUGGAGGGAGUCCGGCUCAACGGAAACUACAACAACAGCUACUCGCUUCACGGUGGGAGCUCGGAUCUGCUGGGGGGCGUUCCUGUGGGAUCCGGGGGAGUGUCUGGAGAAGUCAGCCCCGCCCUUUUGACACCUCGUGGGGCGGAGCCCGCCGGCGGUUUGAGGCGAAACCUUUCCGAUGCGGCGGCGUUGGAGAAGAUGAUCAUAUCCGAACUGGUUCAGAGCAACCUGCGUCCUUCUACCGAUCGCUAUGGCAAUGGACAAAAUUCUACAAUGCACCGGCAAGAUUACGCGACAUCGACAAGUCACCGAGAGCCUCCGCAGCGGCCCUUGCCCCGCCCACCUCCCCCACCUCCACAGGACGAGGAGGAGCUGCUGUACAAGGCGUUGGAAAAACCACGACUCCCUGACAAGCCCCGUCUGCCCGAUAAACCACGCCUGCCAGAUAAGCCCCGCCUCCUGGAGCAUGCCCAGUCUGUGUUCUACCAGAGCGAGGAGGACUCGGAGAGCUUCUCCGCCGAAAUCACGGACGGCGUGGGCGGGACCGGACCUGACUCCGCCUCUCUGUACGCACGGGAUCGUGAUUCAUCUUAUCCUGACAGCAGUCCUGAGGCACUGGGGGCAGAGCCCCAUCCUACCCUCCCGCCGGACGAGCUGUACUUCAGCGCUGGUCGCCAAGCGCACAUCUCUGCCUUUUAUCAGCCUCCUCCUCGCAGGACCAACGACGAGGCUCGACUGGGACUGCAGCCCUCUCAGGGGGAAGGUGACGGACAGAUGCAGUUGGUGACGAGUCUGUGACUAGGGCGCUGGUGACCAGGACACGUAGAUCUGGAGGAGGACAAUGAGGGUGGACGUCUUCAACAUCACCAUCAUCAUCGUAAUUAGCAUCUGGGCGAAUCUCUCGAGAUCACGCGUCUGGUUUGUAGGUCACCCCGAAAGCUUAAGUAAGACUUAAUCUGAGUUCUUAUUUUACUUUGUUUUUGUAGUGAAAUAUGAGCCGGACAUGUAUCCGUGAGAUUCUCGCAUAAAGUAUGAAGCUACUUUCAGAUAAUGGAAACCAUUCCUGUGUGUCCUGAGAUCUCCCAAAAAGAGCUGUGCACUGAAAGCCUUGGGAGAUCCUGCUGAGAUGAUGAUGAUGAUGAUGAUGGCAAGGCUGGCUUCCUCCUCCAUGUCUCUGUCUCCUGGUCACCCGAACACCCACCCUGCUCAUCUCACUGCCAUCCAAGCACAUCCGUUUGUCCUUUCUGAGAAGAAAUCUUAUCGGGUAGUUUUUCCUCCAUUCAUCCAUCCUCCAUCUCUUAUUUGCUGAGAAAACCAGUUUAAGCCUUCAUUGGGGUGGAUAUCUGGUCUCCUAACCUGGCCAAACUGGUACGUUUUGCAGGUUUUGGGUGGGAGACCAUCUGAAAACCACCUUUGGCUGGUUGAAGCUGGUUUUUCAGUGGGAUUUCGUUCAUUCAGGGUGGUGUGGUGUAUGAGUGUCAGACUUUUAUCCGAAUGUGAUAACACUUACACCAGAGACCGCAGCUCUUAUACAUGCCAAAAAAAAAAAUCACACAUUUACACUCUUGGGGAGCAGCUACGGUCAGGGAUCACGCUAUCACUCUCAUAGAAGUCAAAGGUUAAGAGUCAACAGGUGAAGCAAAUUAACCAGACUGUUGUUUUUGAGCAGCGUGGCAACAAACAAAAACUCUUGCGCCACUUGUCUGGACGCUACCCAAUCUUCCAUGCUGGUGUCCAGGACACUGACCAAUCAUGGUGUUGGGUUUAGAGAACGUUGACUCAAGGCUCUGCCCCCUUCCUGUGUUCAAGUAGGUUGAUCGAGGAUGUGACGUUUAACGGCGGGCAGCCGACCGUUGGCUGCUCGCAACUUCCUGUAAAUAAGAACUUGAGAGACGUUACGUCUCUAGACAUGCUUCUCUUUCACUUACGAGUUUAUGGUUGAAAAAAGUCUUAAAGAAUAUGUAGAUGAACUGAUGACACUGUCUCCUAUUUCGGUCUUUUUCUCACUCUGUCUCUUUCGGUCUUUCUCGCUCUCUGAGAGUGUUUCAUGUAAAAAGAUAAGAAAUGUUUUUUAAUCAAAAUAAAACAGAGAAAAGCAAACA